AUCCAGUACGCAUCGACAGCCCAACCAUGGCGCACUCAGAGGAACCGCUCCGGAAUAUGUUGAAGAAAAUCGCUCAAGAACACAAUUACGAGAACCCUGAAAUAAUCAUAAAUAGUAUAUCAAGUGGUGGCGCGAACUACACAUCUGCUCUGUAUACAGCGAUCAUUAAAGCGAAGAAUAAAGAAGAUCUUAAUUUAUUCGGCAAAGUUGCAGCGGUCGGUGAAAAGUUUCGAAACCACGCAUCAAUAGACUUUUAUGACACUGAAAAAUUUGCUUACACGACAUUGUUUAAAAUCUACGAAGCUUUAGAAGAGGAGCAUGGAGUGCCUGAGGAGCACAGAUUUCCGUUCGUCAAGUUCUACGGAUUUGAUGCUUCCGCGCAGUUCCUGGAGACCAUGGUGCUGGAGAACCUAAUAACGCAGGGCUACGAAGCUUUCGACAGGUUUAAGUCAUAUGACUGGGAGUACGCUUCUGCCGUAAUCACGGAAUUAGCCAAGUUCCAUGCGCUUUCCUACGCAUUUCAAAAAAAAGAUCCGGAAGAAUUUCAAAAGACUUUGGAUCGUCCAAAGAUAGAUUGGGCAGCUAUUGGUAUGGAAGGAACGUUGAAAAGAUCUACUGCAACAGCAUUACGAGCCCUUAGACCAGAACACAAAAGAUCUUUGGAGAAGUUUAUGAGUCGAAACAUAAAUGAAGUGUUUAUAGAUUACUACAAACCCUCUCGCACUACAGUGAUCACACACGGAGACUUCAGGGGCAGCAACUUGGUACACAGAGUGCGGAAGGACGGCAAAGUGGAUAUCAAAAUACUGGACCUGCAAACCCUGCAGGAAGGAAGUCCGGUGAUCGACCUGGUCAACUUCAUCUUCACGGGGUCCGACGAGCAGUUCCGCGCGAAGUACUUCGACCGGCUCGUGGAGCACUACUACUCACAGCUCAGCGCCUCCAUGAGGAGGCUGCACCUCAACCCUCAAGAGAUCUUCCCUAAGGAGGACUUUGAUGCGGAACUUAAGGAGAAAUUGCCGUUUGGGUUGAGCGUAGCAGUGUUCAGCUUACCGGUGGUGACGAUUAACCCGGAGGAUGCUCCUAAAGUAGAUGAAAGUCUCUCAUUCGAUGACUUUAGCGUCGAGAACACCAACGACUUAUACACCGAGAGAAUCAAUGGAGUCGUCGAUGAUUUCGUCAGGUGGGGCGUGUUGAAGUAAAUGUUCAUUAUUAUGCAUUAUUCAAGAUACGCUUUUCAUAUAAACAUGAGUGUGGAUAGAUUUUUGUAGGUUGUUUAAAAAAUUAAAGCAAGUCUGAUGGACUCUUAGUGGUUAAAAUACUUUCUGGGUUAUGUUUAGUCAUGUAAGGAUUAUGUUGUAUAGUUAGCGCCAUUGUAUAAAUUACCACAUUAAAGGUCUUUUAAAUGACCUUUUAGGAAUCCGAUUGUCAUUAUAGAAUAUGAUAGAAAUUGUAUCAAAAUAAGUAGUGCGACAGUUUAGAAGAAGAUGAAAUGGUGACCUAAUGGGUAAAGAACCAACUUCUCAAGUACGAAUGUGUGUUCGAUUCCAGGUCAGGCAAGUACCAAAGCAAUAUUUCCAAUAUACAAAAAUAUGUACUUUCUUAGUAUAUCUUGAACAGCAAUGACAGUGUUUUGAAGGGCACGUUAAACUGUAGGUCAGGGCUAUCAUUGAACACCCUUGGCAGUCGUUACGGGUAGUCAGAAGUCAGUACAUCUGACACAGACUGAUCUGAUCUGACAUGACUGAUCAGUACAUUUUCCCGGGUAACUGGGUUGAUUAGGUCAAAUAGGUAGAUACGCAUUGUAAUAUUUUUGUACUUAGCUGUAAUCGGUGAAACUCGAAGCUGACCUAAACAUAGUUGGGAAAAAGGCUCGGGAGGUGAAUAAAAUUGUGAAGAAGAAAUAAAUUAAUAUUAGU